AUGUUCAUUCGUCACAUCAUCCGUAUUCCCACUCUCUACCGCGGCCUCGCAACCCAAGCAGGUCCCGCCAUUGCGACCCCAGCGACCUUGCACCUCAAGACAGGCCAGUCUUUCUUCGGCAAGUCCUUCGGCGCUCCCAGGAACAUCUAUGGCGAGACUGUAUUCUCCACCUCCAUCACAUCAUAUACCGAAUCCAUGACCGACCCCUCCUACCGUGGUCAAAUUCUCGUCUUCACCACUCCUAUGAUCGGCAACUACGGCGUUCCCCAUAACAAAGCUCCAUAUAACUCUCAAGAUGUUGGCGUCGUCCUCGAGUCACAGAACAUUCAGUGUGCAGCAGUCAUUGUAGGGGAUGUCGCCGAAAAGUUUUCGCACUAUACGGCCGUCGAGUCCUUGGCCGCCUGGUGCAAACGUAAUAACGUUCCUGGUAUUACGGGCGUUGACACGCGUGCUAUUACCCGCCUUCUUCGUGACCAAGGAACCACCCUUGGGCGCAUCGCCAUUGGUCCUGACGCCGCUCUUCCUGCGCCAGAUGCUUCCAAGUAUUGGGACCCAUCGAAGGAGAACCUCGUCGACCAGGUUUCCACCAAGGCCGUGUACGAGCUGAAUCCCACAGGCAGCAUCAAGAUCGCUGUUCUCGACUUUGGUGCCAAAGCCAACAUCCUUCGCUCUCUCGUUCGGCGAGAUGCCGCAGUCACUGUCUUCCCGUGGAAUUACGACUUCAACGCUGUUAGGGACCAGUACGAUGGGCUAUUUUUGACCAAUGGACCUGGUGACCCUGCUCACUGCAUGGAAGCCGCACUCAAAUUGCGCAAGACCUUGCACGAGUGGAACAAGCCUAUCUUCGGCAUCUGUAUGGGACACCAGAUCAUCGGUAUGGCCGCUGGCCUCGACGCCUAUCGUAUGACUUUUGGGAAUCGCGGACAUAACCAACCUGUGUUGGCUCUUGCGUCUGCAGGUUCUAUCAAGGCUGGGCGUGUCUAUGUUACGAGCCAAAACCAUCAAUACGCUCUGAAGUUGCAGGAUCCUUUCCCUGCUGGGUGGGAACCCUUCUUUAUCAACUGCAAUGAUUCGUCGGUUGAGGGGAUCAAGUCUACGGCUGAGUCGGGCAAGAAGGUAUGGGGUGUUCAAUUCCAUCCUGAGAGCGCUGGUGGCCCUCUUGACACGAUUGAGAUGUUUUCCGACUUCGUCUCUGAGUGCAAGGCUCAUAAGCUCUCACUCGGCCACACCGUUGCUCACAGCAUGGAGACAACUGUGGAGGCGCCUUUGGACAUCCCUGUGAAGCGAGUCGCUGUUGCUGCUGCUGCUUGA